UUUCUCUCCUCUCUCUCUUCUUUUCUUUUCUAUCUCUCUCUCUCAUUCUGUUACGUUCUCUCUUUUUUAAUUUAACACUUUCGCUUCUCUCGCCGCUUAAAAGCACACCGUUUUUCAGUACCACUCCAUUAUAUAGCUUCGUUCUUGAACCCUAAUUCUUCGUUCUUGUCUAGGGUUUGUUUGGUUUCGGUCUGUUAUAAUCAUUAAUCGUAUUUUCAGGUAAAUUUCUCUUUAUUCUGCUUAACACAUUGCCUUCCCCACUGUCUCUUUGUUUGGCUGCCGAGAAUUUCUCUCCAAAAAGGGGGAUUCUAGCUGAUAUUUUUUGCGCCGAACAAAGCUAGAUAUCUGCAUUAUUAUGAAAGAAGAUUAAUGAGAAACCUUGCUUCGUUGUUCGCGUGGUUGGAGCUCGUUUAUUAGGAGCUCAGCAGUUGAUGGACUGUUACCCCAAGAGCAGUGACAAGAUAACAUUGAAGAGGUGGUUUUUCAUUGAUAAGAGAGUUGGGUAAAGUGGAAAUCUGAUACAUAGAUAAUAAUAGUUCAAUUGGUGCUCGAUACUCCUUAAAUUUUCACACAUUGUUGCCGUAAUAUCAAGUGGUUCACAAACCUGGAUCCCAUGGACUUGAAAUCAAAUCACACCCCUGUUCUUGCUGAUGCUGCACCCAUAACAAAGUCAAGACUGGGUGUGCAUUCAAGUUUAUUGCCUUACUCCCCAACCGGGGCGACCUUUCCACAUGGUAUGCUUUUGACUAUCCCAAGGAAGAAAACUGGACUUCUUGAGGAUGUUCGUUCUAGUAGUUGGUUGGAUGCCAUGAAAUCAUCUUCUCCUCCCCCCAGGAAGAUAACGAAGGAUGUUAGUCAUGGCUUUGCGUCACAUGAAUCUGAUGCUGCUUAUUUUAACUGGCUGCUAAAGUAUCCCUCAGCUCUUACAUCUUUUGAGCAAAUUACAAACUAUGCAAAAGGGAAGAGAAUAGCCUUGUUUCUGGAUUAUGAUGGAACUCUUUCCCCGAUCGUCGAUAAUCCUGACUGUGCUUUCAUGUCUGACAAUAUGCGAGAUGCUGUUAAAAAGGUGGCUGAAUAUUUCCCUACUGCUAUUAUCAGUGGAAGAAGUCGUGACAAGGUAUAUGAAUUUAUAGGACUAACAGAACUCUAUUAUGCUGGUAGUCAUGGUAUGGACAUCAUUGGUCCUGUCAGGCAGGCUGUACCUGAUAACCACCCUAAUUGCACCAUUAGGUCUACUGACAAGCAGGGUAAGGAAGUUAAUUUAUUCCAACCUGCUGCUGAGUUCUUGCCCCUGAUUGACGAGGUGUUUGAGUCUCUUGUUGAGAGUACAAAAGAUAUUAAAGGAGCAAAAGUUGAAAACAAUAAAUUUUGUGUGUCUGUACAUUACCGCAAUGUAGAUGAUAAGAGUUGGGAUUUGGUGGGGCAGAUUGUCCAUGAUAUUCUGAAGGGCUAUCCACGUUUGCGACUAACUCAUGGGCGCAAGGUCUUAGAGGUCCGCCCAGUGAUUGACUGGGAUAAGGGAAAAGCAGUCACGUUUUUGCUCGAGUCACUUGGGCUUAGCAAUUGUGAUGAUGUGCUUCCUAUAUAUAUUGGAGAUGACAGAACAGAUGAAGAUGCAUUUAAGGUUCUGAGGGAGGGAAAUAAAGGUUAUGGGAUCUUAGUGUCCUCAGCGCCAAAAGAAAGCAAUGCAGUUUACUCUCUCCGUGAUCCAUCAGAGGUGAUGGAGUUUCUCAAGUCUCUUGUGGAAACAUGCCAAGAGGUUUCCUGCAGCAGGUUUGCGCACAGAAGACCUCUUAUGGUAGCUACAACCUUGUCGCUACCUUGUUGUUUUGUUCAAACUUCAAAUCUCCUUUGGCAAUUGUAAAUUAGCCACUCAUGUUUAUGUCUCUCAAAAGGAUUAAAGAAAAAUAUGCAGAGAAAUUUUUUCUUUCUUUGUUAUUCUUUCUUUCUUUCAAGUCCAAAGAGUGUUUAUAUUUUUAGUUUUUACUCACUGGUGCCUCCAGUUUUGGUUACUGUAUCUUAACCACUUAAAAGGGAGUUACAUAUGCAAUUAUUAUUAAUUUAUUCUUUUUUUUUUUAA